UAAAAUACUUUUCAGAAAUUGUUACUGACACGGUUAGCUGAAAAAAAGCAAUUUGAAUUGUUGCAGAGAAAAUGACUUUAAUCAAUCAAGCCGUCGUGGAGAAAAACGAAAAUAACCAAAGCUCGGAUUCUGGACUUGUGCUCUAGUCGGCUCGGGAUAUACUAAUUCAUCCCAAUCGCACUUUGAUCAUGGCCGAUACUUUGAGACCUUUCGUUUACUGGGGACAGAAAACUGAUCAAAUCUUCUUAAAGGUUGAUCUUAGAGACGUGGAAAAUGAAGUGGUAAAGCUGACAGAAUCUGGUUUGACUUUUAAUGCUGAAGGAUUUGGGGUGAGGGGCCAGAACUACUACAGUAUCGACAUUGAGUUCUACCAUCCUGUCGACCCAGAGGAAAGCAAGUAUCGAGUCUUGGGACCAUGUAUUGAGUUUCAAAUAAAGAAGAGUGGUGACGGAGAGAUAUGGCCGAGACUUACCUACGACAAAAUCAAGAUGCCAUGGCUGAAAAUUGACUUUGAUAAGGUGGCAUAUGAGGAUUCAGAGUCGGAGAAAGAAGAAAAGAAUGUUGAUCAUGCUGAGUAUAUGAAGCACCUGGAAAAGGAACUGUUAUCCAACCGGGAUAUAGAGCCAUUUCCAGACGUUAAGACCUGCUACUUGUUUGUGUACAACCUGGUCCAGUUUGUUGGUUUCACAUAUAUAUUCACAGCACUCACCUACCACUGUGUCAGGGAUGUACAUUUUGCAUUUUCUAACACAAUGGAAAUUGCUGGGACACAGAUGCUAUUUGUACAACUGGCUGCUGUCCUAGAAAUUGUCCAUCCUCUACUUGGCUUGGUGAAGUCUAGUCCUCUUCCAGCCUUCAUGCAGGUUACAGGUCGGAAUUUUGUGUUGUUUAUUGUCGUGGGACAGGAGCCGCGCCUACACCAAACAUCAGUGUUAUUGAUCCUGUUCUUGGUGUGGAGCUCUAUAGAGGUUGUUAGAUAUCCGUUCUACAUGCUGUCAGUGCUGGGGAAGAAGAAUGAUUUGAUUACUUGGUGUCGCUACACGGCUUGGGUGCCCCUGUAUCCCCUGGGUUUUAUUUCUGAGGCAUUGGUCAUUGUGAUGGCCAUCCCAUACUAUGAACAGACAGAGAAAUUUUCAGUAUUCCUUCCAAACUCUUUCAACAUCUCAUUUUAUUUCCCUUGGUUUUUAAAGAGCUAUACAGCUGUAUUUAUCCCAGCGGGCUAUUUCAUGAUGUCUACGAUGUACAAACAGAGGCAAAAGGCUUGUAAGUCACUCAAACUGUUCGGGACCAAGAAAGAAUAGGAGCUAUAUUGUAUGGUUAUAAUAGGUACUUCAUCACACUGUAUGAUAUGUGGCACAUGUAAGUCAUAAGUCACAUGAUUGUUGUAUAGUCCGAAUACCUCUGUUUUAUUUGAUAAUCAGAAAACUUUCUAAUUUAAAAGAGACAAAGCUAAAGAGACAAAGCUAAUCAGAUAUUAAUUUGUUUUAAUUUUGUAGAAACUUUUUAUUUUGUAUUUUCUUGCUAAUGUCAUGCAAGAAACAAGUAGAAUAGUUAUAAAUGUCUUUAUUAUGAUUAAGCAUUACACAAUUGGAUUUCACAUUGUGGUAUUUUUUUCUGUUUGUGUGGGUAUUGUUAUGAUAUUCUGCUUGUGUUGAAAUAGAAUGUAGGCAUCUAAUGCAGUUUUGUGUGUGUUUUCAUCAUACAUUGUAUUCUUAAAAAUUAAAUUGAAAUGAACUUUUUUUAUUUGUCAAGAGUGAAAUGGACUUUUUAUUAUUAGGAAACUAUUUUUUUUGCUGAACACCGUAAGCAUUUAAAUAGAAGGUAAGCAUUUGCGAAGGUUAGCAUCCUUAUCAGCAUGAUUAAGCCUAAUAGGUCUAUAAAAUUUGUAUUGCUUUUUGCUUUUUUCAGUUAUAGUAUAAUUAGGAUAUCAAUAGAAGUUCACAGACGACUACAAUUUAUUGAUGAAAGUAGCUGAUAGACUAUUUGAUAUUUAUUGGAGUAAAAGGGUGUGAUGAGGAGAAACACAGAAUGAUAAGGUACAGGUAUACUUUGUUUGUUACAGAUAAAAGAAGUUUAUAUAUGUGAGAGUACAUGUAUUAUGAGAAAAUAUAAGCAAUUAAGUUGUUACAUAAAACUAAUGGUUGUCCAAGUGUUGGUUGUAGGUAUUUGUUCGAGUAAAUUCACAAAUAUAUUACAGAUUACAGAUUAUUGUGACGAGUAAAUUCACAAAUAUAUUAUAGAUUACAGUUUGUUGUGAUGAGUAAAUUCACAAAUAUAUUACAGAUUAUUGUGACGAGUAAAUUCACAAAUAUAUUAUAGAUUACAUUUUAGUUUGCCAAGUAAGAUGUUAACAAAUAUAUUUCAGAUUAGUUUACUGCUGUUGUGUCCCUUGGCAUGUACACCUUGUACUUGAAGUUAGUUUGACUUGCACCCUAACAUUGUGUAGAGAUAGGAAAAAUUUGUAUGAUUAAUUUAAUAUACUAUUACCAUUAGGGUGUUGCAGAGAAAUCUUGAACUCUCGGGAUGAUAUUGUUGAUUGCUUAAUGCACUGCAGAACUUAGACCAUCAAAAAUGUCACCCCUCAGAUUGAAAAUUUCUCAUGUCGUCAUCAAGAUAGGGAGGGAUUUAUGCUCUCUCAACAUACCAUUUUAUUUACAUGUGUGUCUAAAUGUUUAAAUAUUAAAAAAAAAAAUUGUAAUGCUGUUCAAAUUUGAUGUCAUUGUAUUUUUUCUAUGAUAUGUUGUAUUGUUGCUGUGAAGUCAUUUUAUUGUUGCUGUGAUGUCAUUAAUAUUUCUUAGUUUAUCGUGCUGGUGUUAUAGAACUUCAGGUCAGUUAACAAGACACUAAGGUCAAGGUUGUAAUAUUUCUUAGUUUAUCGUGCUGGUGUUAUAGGACUUCAGAUCAGUUAACAGGACAUUAAGAUCAAGGUUGUAAUAUUUCUUAGUUUAUCGUGCUGGUGUUAUAGGACUUCAGGUCAGUUAACAGGACAUUAAGGUCAAGGUUGUAAUAUUUCUUAGUUUAUCGUGCUGGUGUUAUAGGACUUCAGGUCAGUUAACAAGACACUAAGGUCAAGGUUGUAAUAUUUCUUAGUUUAUCGUGCUGGUGUUAUAGGACUUCAGGUCAGUUAACAGGACAUUAAGGUCAAGGUUGUAAUAUUUCUUAGUUUAUCGUGCUGGUGUUAUAGGACUUCAGGUCAGUUAACAAGACAUUAAGGUCAAGGUUGUAAUAUUUCUUAGUUUAUCCAGAGCCCCACUCGAUUUGCACUCUUCUCCUUCUAGAAUAUAUCUUCCGGUCACUCGAUUUGUAGCUCUUCUGCUUCUGGAAGAUCUUCUAACUCUUCCGUCUCGAAGCUGGAAGAUUUAU